AUGAUGGCCUUCCCCUCUUUAACAUGGCCGUUCCGCCGCCGAGCCGCCGCCGGCGCCAGCGGCGGAGCCGGCCCAAGCAAACCCUCCGCCGCUGAGGGGAAGGAGGAGGACGCGGAGGAGCUCGGCGUCACGCCGCAGCUCCUCGACUUCCUCCGGACGCUCUCCCCCGACGCCUUCAAGUCCUCCGCCCUCCAGCUCCACCAAGGGGCCUCGGCGGAGGCGGCGGGAGAGCUCUCGGACUGGCAGCAGCGGCACGCCGUCCUCGUGCUCGCCAGAGCCAAGGAACUCGCUAAGGUCCGCUAUGAUUUGUGCCCACGCCACAUGAAGGACAAGCAGUUCUGGACAAUCUACUUCCUGCUCGCCAGGACCUACAUCUUGCCGUACGAGUUACGUGCCAUACAAAAAGAGAAGGUAAGAAGGAUGGAGACAGAGAACGGAAAGUCAAAAGAAGUGAUUGCUGUUGAGGUGGAGAUGCAGGAAUCGAAAUGCAGUAGAGAAUCUCAAACGUUACCAGAUGAUUCAGAACCUCAGGAUUCAUAG